AAAAUAUCAAAAACCCAGGAAAACAUAAAAAAAACAACAAUGGAGCAAAUCACCAACUAUUUGGCGCACAUGGAUUACGUGUCCUUUGGCGUUGUGGCACUGCCCUGCGUGGUAAUUGUCGUCUAUGGAUUCCUCCAGGUGGCCAGUGGGCUGGCCAAGUGCAAAAAUGAUAAGAUGCAGCGUUGCAAUCAAAAUAACAACAAUAACAACCACAACAACAACACUAGUAACAACACCGCCAAUCAAAAUAAUAGCAACAAACGCUGCUCUCAGAAAUAUACCGGCAGCAGCAACACCAACAACCUAGCGAUGGCCUAUCAGCAGCACUCCAAUGGCAACAACAAGCAUGGCACACGCAAGAAUCGCUACAACAAGCAGCAGCAGCAGCAACAGCAACAGCAGCAAUCCUUUGGAAAUAUGCAAAAGCGAAACUGCGGAUUACCCGGAAACGGAAGUGAGUCCUCCUCGCCGAACAACAACUGGCUGGAUAGAGGCUACGGACAUCGAUUGGUCAAUUCUUCAUGCAUCGAAGACAAAUUCCUGGGCCAGCACAAUCCGGGUCACCGCAAUAGCACCAGCAGCGAGGCCACCAGCGAGGACAUCGAGUCGAGUAGGGAGCACCUGAGCAGGACCAAGGCUGCUGGUGCUCUCCACUCAGCCGGCAAUCACCAAAUGGGGCAGGCCAACAAAUCGCGUUCAAAGCGUCAGCAAAAGUCACGCAAUCAGCAGCAGCAGCAGCAGCAGCAGCAGCCACAACAGCAGCAGCAGCAGCAGCAGUCUCUAUCAUCCGAUCCCGGCCAGAAAUUGGUCGGCAAGAAUGGCAAGCAGAAUGGAGGCGGCAAGUGGAAUCGCCAGCAGAAUGGCCAGAAUCCCAGCCAGCAGCAGCAGCAGCAGCACCAACCAAAGCGUGGCAACAACAAGAAAAAGAACAACAAUGGGGGAAACUCAAACAACAACCACAAUCACAAUAAUAACGGCAAGAACAGCAUAGUCCUGGGCCACAACAAUCCCACAUCGCGCAAGCAUCUGGCCAGCACCAGCACCGAUAGCAGCUCCUCCUCCUCCUCCUCCUCCUCGUCCGCCUUGAGCUCACCCACCAGUUCCCCCACCAGUUCGCCACAUGUGAACGGCAAUCGGAAGAGGAUCGAACGAUCCCUGAUGCCGGGAGCGGCUCUGGAAUGGCGCCGGGAGCGGGAGAGGGAGCGGGGCUGGCAGAAUGCCAACUUCUUGGUGCCACCACUGCGGCAGUACGAGCAACAGGAUCUGGACGACAGGACACUGGUGCAGCAGCUGCGACGCCAUGUCAUCGAUCAUCAUCUGCUUCGGGUCUACGGCUAUCCCGUGGAUUCGGUGAUCCAUGACGGGGCCAUCGAGAUCUUCAAGUGUAUGCCGCACAUGAGCUUUGCCGCCGCCUUGGCCGAGACAGCUCCGGCCGUGACCGUGAUCAAUUCCCACGAUGGAUUGAUGCAGCGGGAACUGGAGUCGAGUGAUUCGGGGAAUAGUUCCCCAAAUUCCUUGGACUCGGAAUCCGGUGGCGACUGGAGCGGCAGCGAAUGCGAGUCCAGCUCGGGAGCAUCGUCAUCGUCAUCGUCCUCGGCCUCUUCCACUUCCGAUUGCAGCAACACCUCAGCCGGAGAACUGAGUCUGACCGAGCUCAAGUACUGCCAGUAUGUCCAAGUGGAGCGCAGCCUGGCCAAGCCCUGUGCCCGCUGCAAGCGCCACUUCCUGGUGGACGAGCUAACCGGGGAGUAUCUGUCCCAGGAGGAGUGCGUCUAUCAUUCGGGCAAGUAUCAGCGGUACUAUGAUGGCGUCUGCAUGGGCCGCUGGAGCUGCUGCAGCGAGAGUGACGAAUCCUCGCCAGGAUGCUGUCACAGCGACCGGCAUGUGUGGACCGGGUCGGUGGUGGGCAUUAAUGGGCCGUACUACGACUUUGUCCGCACCCAGCAUCGCAAGGAGGAGGAGAAGAAGGAGGAGGAUAACCAGUGCGCCGUCUAUGCCCUGGACUGUGAGAUGAGCUAUACGGGCCGUGGACUGGAUGUCACCAAGGUGUCGCUGGUGGCCCUCAACGGGCAGCUUGUCUACGAGCACUUCGUUCGACCCGAAUGCGAUAUUGUCGACUAUAAUACCCGGUACUCGGGCAUCACGGAGCGUGACCUGCGCUCCGGUGGCGGCGCCAAGAGUUUGGCCGAAGUCCAGCGCGAUCUCCUGCAGCUAAUAUCCGCCGAUACCAUACUGGUGGGUCAUGGCCUGGACAAUGAUCUGCGCGCGUUGCGCCUGGUCCACAACACCCUGAUCGAUACCUCCAUCUCGUUCCCGCACUGCAGCGGAUUCCCCUACCGGCGGGCGUUGCGCCACCUGACCAAGGUCCAUCUGAAGCGCGAGAUCCAGAGCGGGGACGGCACCACCGGUCACAGUAGCUUCGAGGAUUCCCGGGCGUGCAUGGAGCUAAUGCUCUGGCGCAUCAAUCGGGAGCUCCUCGAUCCCAACUGGAGCUGGGAUGAUUGAUUGCAGCAGCUGCCGCCAG